AGGCAGAUUCCUGUUACAUCCGUUGUAACUCAAGCUGACUCUGAAAUAGCUAACCACUGUCCAUCAGCAUCACCCAAACAUUAGCUCUCCGAGUAGCUUUUAGCUAAACUCCCCACAAACUCAUAUAAUCUAUGAGUCGCAAAAGAACCUACAGUUUCACUGAAACGAGCCUGUCUCCUCCGCCCCACGGCGCCUUCAUGGAACCUUCCGGGUCAGCCAGCCGAACCGACGGCGAUUUCUUGGAGCUGGAGCCCGACGAAGAGCUGCUCUUUUCAGUCAACGACAUCACCGAGCACCUCGGCAGAAAUAUCACCUUGGUGCUGGAAACAGCGCUGUCCGAGAUCCGGAAGAUGGUCAGCAUCAGGAUACGAGUCCUGAAGAUGGAACUGCGUGAGAAAACGGAAGAGAUCGACGAGUUAAAGGCGAGACUGGACACAGUCCAGAGGGAUGGCAAGGACCAGUUCCAUAGCGCUGUGGCCGCGGAGCCAUCCACAGAGUCCGGCUAUAAGAAACCAAACAACGCCGACCCCCGGAGAGUCAAAGGUGUCAUGACCGCCGUGAAGAAAGAGAAUAUAGAUGCCAUUUGUGACUAUCUGAUGAAAGACAAGAACUCGAGAGGUUGCAACGAAAUAGACGGGGACCAGAGCAGCCAGACCAGCGGGGAGAGGGAGGCUCGACCGGAGCAGGACCCGCACUCGCUCGCCCUGUGGCCUGACAGCGGUAUGGCCGGCUCCGGCUCUGGCCACGGAGACUCCGAGUCCACCACAGAUGACAUAUUCAGUAUGCUUCCUUCUGGCAGCAAACGGAUGUAUGACUACGAAUGGAUAACACCGAUCGAGUAUUCCUCAGACCUGAAAGUUAUGAAGGACCCUGAUUGUGAUAACACCCUGACUGGCGAGACAGAUGAUGAUGAUGAUGAAGAUGAGACGUUGAGGAGGGAGGGGGAUGGACUUGACCAGGACCAGGUUCCGCUCUCACAUGUCCAGCCCUCUGACUUUACUGGUGAACCCCUGAGCUCUUCAGGAGAUGGAGGCAGUCCCCUGGAUAGCAGCACAGUCAAGCCUGAGGCAGGUCAACAGUUCACCGAUCAUACCUACAUCUGCUCUCUAUGUGGAACCUUCUGCCCUGAUUCUAUGUUCCUGGAAGAACAUAUUAAGCUGAUACACUCAGACUCUGCUGGUGCCCAGACUCUCCAGGCCCUGCAGUCCACCUCCUCCGCAGUCCCCACCAUGGGGAGCAGCAGCAGUGACUCCAUGAGGAGUGAAAAAGAGCAGCACAACGAUGGCACAGGACCAGGAGCUGGUGUGGGCAUCAGUCGGGGAGGAGGGCUUGUGAAAAAGGAGAUUAAAAUUGAGGGGGGUUAUGAGUGCGGGGACUGUGGUCGCCAUUUUAACUACCUUGGCAACCUUCGACAGCACCAGCGUAUUCAUACCGGCGAAAAGCCCUUUAUGUGUCCAGAAUGUGGGGAGAGAUUCCGCCACGCAGCCCGGUUAAAAAGCCACAGGCUGGUGCACAGCGGAGCCCAGAGCCCCUUCCCCUGCCCUCAGUGUGGCAAAGGUUUCUCAGUGCUGUCUGGACUCAAAAGACACCAACGGGUCCACACUGGUGAGAGCCCUUAUGCUUGUCCUCAGUGCGGCCGCCGCUUUAAGGAGCUUGGGAACCUGUACACUCAUCAGAGGAUCCACAGUGGGGCCACACCUUACUGUUGCCAGCAGUGUGGACGCAGCUUCCGCCACCUGGGUACCUACAAGAGCCACCGCUGCACCCCGGCACAGUAAGCAGAAAUUGAACGGACAUGGUGCUGGUUCUGUGGGUUGUGUCUUCAUUGUGUGGCUGUCUGAUUCCACUGUGGGAGGUUACUGGUCAUGUGGAGAAGGGGGCUGAAUUUUCUGGGAUGCUGCCCAGGCUUCAGUGUUCUGUCCUUGUCCAUUCAAGGCAUUUUACCUCAGUCCUCAAGAAAUGCUUGAACUUGAAGGUUUAUUUCAGACUUUGGAAGCAGCAGUUUUAGUCUCAAGUCAGAGUUAUACUUACUUGUAGCAAAGCUUUCAGUGGUCUCACACACGGGGUUGCACACUAUGGAUUUAAUUCAAUUUAUACCAAUAACCGAUAAUUACCUGCUUUUCGUGGCCGAUACAAUAACCGAUCUCACAUUUUUAAAUAUUUAAAAAGACAUCGCACUCCUCUGUGUGCAGUGUUUCUCAUGUUAACGACUUCAUCCAGCCACUGAGAUACUUAACUCAGAGGUCCAUAAGGCCACCAAAAAACUUAUGUUGGUAUUGAUGGGACUUCGAAUGUGUGAGGUGACCACAUCCUACACAGAAGUGUUCCUCAUGGUGCCACAAAUUAGUGCCCGAACCCGAAAAGAUCUAGAAAUGUUCUACCCGAAACCAAGCAGGACCCGCCAUUUGAAAGCUGGGAUGCUGGACGGACUCCCGGCAGGUAAAGUCAGACCCCAUAGGCCUAGAUUUCUCAUCUGAUUGCUUUAACAAGUUUAUUCACAAGGUGUCAUAACCAAACUUUGUGUCUUACCCAAUGCAACAUUGGCAGCCUUCUCCACUGUGCCUGGCUGUGAAGCAUAUGAUCCAUCCUCUAAGAUAGCUUUUGAAAUACAUUCAGGUUUUCUGUUAUUCCUCUUACAAACACAACGACACACACAUGCACACACACUGUGAACCCGUUUGGGUGGACCUGGUAGGACCUCUGGUGCAGGGCAGGUAAGAACAUGUCACAAAUGCACUGUAGGUGAUAAAUUAUACUUAUAGUUAAUUAUUUUUCACCUUAAACGCGGUGCUUAUUCCUUUUCUUUCACCUUAGGAGAUUUGUUACAUUUAAACUUGCAAUCUUUGACCCUUCUCUUGGGAAUCCAGUACAGUGCAUUACUGCCACCUGCUGGCUUAGUUAUGUUAUUUUAAUUAUUUUGGUUAAAAUAAUAUAAAAGAACAUAUAUUUCCCUUCAUUGGCCGGAAAUAAAUCAGCCCAGAUAAUCAUGCAGCCCUAAUCACACACUCCUCAUCAACAGAUGGAAUUUGCUCAGUGGUCAGAGAAUUUGCUUUCAGUCUUCAUAUACUUGUGGCUGCCAACACUGUUGAAAAGUCUUACAUGUGCUUAGGAAAAUGCAAAGUAUGACCCUCAUACUUCUGUUUCAAACUAAACCUACUUCAUUUGUUGAUGGACAGUAUUUCAUAUGGAUGAAAUCUGUAGAACAAGCCAGUAAACUGUAAGAUAUAUUUGGAAUAAAAGAAUUUUAAGUCUCUGACCCACAAAGAAGAGCAUCCCUUUUUUAGACCGGACCUCAUCAGUAACGAGCACAUCUCCUAUAUUUUGCAUUUACCUCAAAGGAUAAUUCCUGUUCAUUACAAUUGUGCUAAGCUAGAGUGCUUUACUUUGGAGCGGGUAAAGGACGUAUCGCAACUAUUUAUGUUUAUGACAUAUUCUACAGAUAGACAUUAAAACUGUGGCAAAAUAUAAUUUUCACUGUCUAUUUUUCUGUAAAAACAUGUGGGGAAAAUAGGCAAGACUCCAACUCUUAAGAAGAGCGGCUGUGUGAGAAAACCCCUCAGUCAAGGUUAGGCUCGGUUUGCUAGUUCACCAAUUCAUUUAUCAAACAAAAGAUUGGUAGCGUUUAAAACUUUUAAUAAAAAAACAAUUCAAUAGGUUUUAGAAUUAAUUUGUUUGUUUUUUUUGCCUUAUAUCUCUUUUUGGCUGUGAGAAAACAGACUUCUGACUUUUAGCCUUGAACAACUUAGAUGAGUUACCACCACCACAGGCUCAUCUCCACAUAACGACUAAUGCUUUUCUAAAAUUGGGAAAAUCUUUUUUCCUAGCAGAGCUGCACAAGGACCAAGAUUCACUCAGCCCCUCCCGACUCUGCUUGUUCUCUCCCUCUUGCUCGCGCCAACACACACUCACAUACACAGAGACACAAACAUUGUAAUUGAAAACAUCUAUACAUGUGGACUGGGUUAAAUAAUAUAAUUUGGUCUUUGUGAACACAACUGGUGCAUAUAAUUACUCGCGCAUAGAAUGGGGGGAUACGAUCACAGGUGGCCACAGGAGACACAUUCAGGACAGAUUUGAAUGCCAGGUGUGAACAGACAAACUCAAGAGCUGUCCACUCGUGAUUAACUCUCAGGACAGCACUUUCAUGACCUUAGAGGUUAUACUUGUGAGUUCAAUGUUAUCAUGACGGAUGGCAGCAACGGCCAGGACUACACUCACUGGAUUACCAAUCUGAGUUGCUGCUUUUCACAUCCUACUGAGAGAAAAACACUUUGUCAAACUUUAUCAGACUUUGGUAUGAUCGGAAUUCCACAGUUCAAUGGGGUAAACAGGACAGCUUGGUAAAACGACAGCAUUUAAAUAGAUGUGUGUAUGGCUCCAUAUAUUGAUUUGCAUCUUGAUCCUUUAGUCUAAAGUAUGCCCUGUCACCCUCACUUUGUGGAGAAGGAUGGAUCUUUUAGAGUAGUAGUGGGACAGCAUCCCCCACAUGUGGACCAUUUGUGUAACUGCAACAAAAAAUUAUCUUCUGGCUCAUACGGUACUGCUAAUUUUAUUUCAUCAUAAUACUGUUUGGUGCUAUGUGUAGAGCAGGAAUUUUAUCAUAAUUUUUAAAAGUAUUAUCUGAUGUUACAGACUAUAUACUGGAUAUUUUAUAUGUUUGCUUGUAUGACAACUAAAAAUAGUGCGACUAAAAAAAAAAACAUACCUGAAGGAAAUUGAAUCCAAAGUAUCGGGUGGGUUUAAUCAUUUGAUCUCAUUCUCUGUAAACCCAUUAGAAAAAUGAACACUUUUCUUAGCACUAUGGGGAAGACUAAAAAAAUGUAUGAAUAACAAACUUAUUCAAACCCCUGGAAGCUAAAAGCAAACCAUUGACAAUCUGCUUUCUUUUCUAAACUGUUGUCCUAAACUCAUGAAUGGAAGUGUGAAUUUUUUUUUACCAAAACAAAAUAAAAAAAAUAAAACAGAG